CUUUAAAAGCACUAGCUCCUGAUUGCACCUAUUAUUUGCACAGUUUUGCUGCACCAAGCUGGUGGGGUUUACUCCCUGUACAUUCAGCUUUCUGAAGACUUUGAGGCAUUGGUAUUCGCCAGAAUCAUGUCAGACUCAACCUCCAAGGUGUCCGAAACUUCCAACCCUCGGGCUGUGGUUACAGAUUCAGCUUCUACUGCUUCUGCUGCUGAAGGCCCAGCAGAUUCCUCUUUUGGUGAGCAAAACCUGAGCUUCACCACCACGGAUCUCAGCCUGGUGGAAAUGACAGAAAUAGAAUACACACAACUUCAGCACAUACUCUAUUCCCAUAUGGAGGCGCAAGCAAAUGAAAAUGAAGCAGAAAAUAGGCUGAAUUCAAGUUCCUUCUCCACUAACAAUCCUGCAAAUCAAUCACAAUACCUGUCAUCGUCUGGUAACAGUCUAAGUGGCUUAUCAUCAAACAGUUCUGGAAACCAGUCGCUUUAUCCCAUUAUCUGUCAGUCUGGUUUAGCUUCUGACAGCAAUUUCAUGGGUCCUAAUCAGUGUCUAGGGCACAUUGACUUCCAGGAGCUAAGAAUGAUGUUGCUCAGUGAGUCUAGCAUCCCUCCAAACCAAGCUGAAAAAACUCCUAAUAGUAGCUCUGUGGAGAUAACUGGGCAGAGUUUAGUUAAAGCCAAACAUAGUGAAAACAUGGGUGGGCUAAAUAAAGAAAAUUUGCCUGUGGAAAAUUCAGCACCAAUUCUUGAAUCCAGAGCCAAAUCUGCAGUCCGUGUUCGAUUGGAAGACAGAUUCAACAGUAUCCAGGCUGAACUUCCCAGAUGUCAAGAAACCCAGGAAACUGGAGUAGCUAUUAACAAUUUAGUAACUCUAAUUCGCCAUCCUUCAGAAGUGAUGGGUGUUCCUCUCCACCAGCAACAGAAUAAAUGUACCACAUUAGUGAAAAAUAAGACGGCUGCUACUACCACUACUGCAUUACAGUUUACAUGCCCACUGUUUAACCCGAAUGUUGCUUCUCCUGUAACUGGAAAUGCAAACCCUUCACAAACACAGAGCACUGGAGCCUCUGUUCUGGAAACAGCCAAACAUCAAGAUCUUGGGUUACCUCGAGCUUUUUCUAUUUGUUACCAGCAGGAAAUUGAGGCUACAAAACAGACUGUUGGUCCUAGAAAUAAGGCACUGCCUGAACAUGUUUGGAUUAAAUUAGGAGGAGAUGCUAUAUGUAAGCAAACAAUAAACAAAAGAAGUCGUAGUCGAAUACAUCCCUUGGACACCAAUGUGCAGCGCAAACCUCUUGGUGAUAUUCAGAAUGUGUGUGAUACCCAAAAUGCUGGCCCAGCUCAUAGCAGUUGGCAAGCAACACAACCAACCCAGAGCGCACAAAGUGGAACUCAAGGUGGUGUCUCUCAGCGCCGGGAGAGACAUAACCGGAUGGAAAGAGACAGAAGGCGCAGAAUCAGGAUUUGUUGCGAUGAACUUAAUCUUCUGGUUCCGUUUUGCACUUCGGAUACUGACAAGGCAACAACUUUACAAUGGACAACUGCAUUUCUAAAAUAUAUUCAGGAACGACACGGGGAUUCUCUGAAAAAGGAAUUUGAGACUGUGUUCUGUGGUAAAACAGGCAGAAGACUAAAGUUAACAAGAUCCGAUUCACUAGCAACGUGCUCGACACAGGAGAUUACUCAGAAUGGCACACCUAUGGAGAUAAAAUAGUUGGCUCUCUAUAGUCAAAAACUGGUGUAGAGGGUGAACAUGCAAGGAUUUGUAUGAACUUCUAAUUCAAAUUCACCUGCUGGACUUCUCUUGUGACUUAAUGUACUUUGAAAAAUACAUAAGCGUUAAAGAAAUGACACACUUUAUUCCAAACAAAGAAGAAAAGAAAGACACCCCCAACAUUUAUUUAUUAGUGCUGCCCUAAGAAGAGAGUUGUACCAGAGGGAAGUAGAAAACAGCAGUACAAGCUAGUAACCCGUUUUCUAUAUUUUUGUUUGUUUGUUUGCCAAGUAUAAAAUAAUUCAGAUGUGUCAAACAGCAGCUUGUUCUUUUCAACCUUGUACACACUUGUACUGAUAUAGAUAAUUAUUAGAAUGUCAUAACAACCAGUUUGGAAGAAGAAUAAAUGUAAAUAGUUUAUAAAUUAUAUAAAAUAUAGUAACUUGUAUAUAGUAACUGAGAUUUGCCUUCCAUUUCAAAAUGUUCAUACCUGUGAAACUAAAAUAUAUAGAAAAAGCUUUUUGACAGCAUGUUACAAAUACACUACUAUUUAAAAUAUGUUUUGCAUUCUCCAACGAUUUUUAGUGCAGGAUACAGUCAAGGAAUUAUCUGCUGCACAAAUACCCACUGAAAUGAACAGGAGAAAUACAGCUGUGUGCUCUGGUGCAAAUCUGAUUUAUUUCAAUUGGGCUUCCGUACGGAAAAAAAUAUCCAGAUAAUUGCAUGAUUUCAGUGCAAAAGUGGUAUUUUGUAAACAGUACAUGAUUUUUAAGUGCACAUAAUAUUUUCUUUUUUAAAAAAGACUAGUAUUAGCAGUAUGUGUUACGAAAGCUGAAGCAUUUGAGAAAUAGUAUAUUUAUUGAAUUGAAAGUGGCUUCAUUUAUCUAUCAAACAGAUGAUGCCAGUAAGUAUUUCUUAUACAGAACUCAUCCCAAAAUAAAUACUGUUUAAAUCACGGA